AUGAGGCCGCUCCUUCUCAUCCUCAUCCUGUGCAUCACGACAUGCGUGAACACCUAUGGGAAGGCGGGUGCUUACGAGCGUAUUCUGUACUACUACACCUACAAGCUUGACUGUGCAAUCCACAAAGUUCCAACAAAGUUCUCACCCAAGUGUGGAUCAGAUUGUACAUUUAACGGAUUUAUCAAACUCAUCGACGGGCUUGGGCAUGUUGACAUAACCCAAGAAGAAUUUCCUGAGAUUGAUACGACUGCCGCAGCACUUGAAAGUCUUGGACUCACCGAAAAGUACAAUCCAGACUUUAUUGUUCCUGGGGCAAGGCCUGACCCCAACGGCAGUCCUAUCUCUCACGUCUUGGAGGCUGUUGCCGACUUUGUACAGAACAAUAUAGACCUAGUUGAGGGCAAGAAGUACAGGGCAAAGAUUGCAGACGCCGCGAGGAAGGUUAUGUUCAAUCGGAAGUGUGGACAAUCCGAAGCAAUAGCUAAGAAGGUGCCGACAUACUUCAAACAUGGCUUCGUAUGGACAUACACGACGAAGACCAUGUUCUAUAAAACCAGGGAAAAGCAAGUCAGAAAUAUCAUUGACAUUGCCGCCACAGCCUACUCUAUUAAAAAGCAUUAUUCAAAAGAUCUUCGAUCGGAGUUUACGAGGGUUAUCAACUUGCCGGACGUUAGUGACAAGGGUCACAAGGCCAACAUCAAGGCUUGCAGAAAUAUUCUCCGCGCGGUUCAACAAGAAUUAGUACGCGAUUGGGGAGAUGGCGAAAAGAAGAAAAAGAAGCAAAAGCCACUUCGCUUUGCAAAGCCGGAAUGA